GACAACAUAAGUAUUUGUUUUCACUUUCAGCUGUUUUGUUUUGUUUCUCAUUUAGGGUUAACGUUAUAGCGGUUAUACCUGUAAUAAUUGAUUAUUUAUUUUAUUAACUGUGUAAUAUUCAAGUUUGAUCCAAAAUGGGUGAACGUUAUAAUAUUCACAGUCAACUGGAACACCUUCAAAGUAAAUACAUUGGUACAGGACACGCAGACACAACAAAAUAUGAAUGGCUUACAAAUCAACAUAGAGAUUCAUGCUGUAGUUACAUGGGUCAUCCAGAUUUAUUAAGUUAUUUUGCCAUUGUUGAAAAUGAAUCUAAAGCAAGAGUUAAAUUCAAUUUAAUGGAGAAAAUGUUGCAGCCCUGUGGACCACCCCCAGAAAAACCAGAAGAUUAAUAAUGAUAAGAUAAAAGUAAUAUACAUAAGAAUCUUAAAAUUU